AUGCCAUUCCCCAAGGUUCCACCCCAGGGCAUCUGGGCGCCAUCGGUGACGUUCUUCGACCCGGAGACGGACAACCUACUGCCCGAUGACCAGGCAAAAUACUUCAAGCACCUCUCAACUACUGGGCUAGCCGGCCUCGUCAUCCUCGGUACUAACGCCGAGACCUUCCUUCUCACGCGCGAGGAGCGCAAACAGCUCCUCAAAAUCGCGCGCCAGGCCACCGGCCCAGACUUCCCCAUCAUGGCCGGCGUGAGUGGGCACUCGACGCGGCAGGUGCUCGAGUUCAUCGGCGACGCCGUCGAGGCGGGCGCAAACUACGCCCUCGUUCUCCCGCCCGCUUACUUCAAGGCCGCUACCUCAGCUCCUGUCAUCGAGGCCUUCUACGCUGAGGUCGCGGAGAAGAGCAAGUUGCCUGUCGUCAUUUACAAUUUCCCGGGUGUUUGUAACGGCGUUGAUCUCGACUCGGAUACUAUCCAGCGCCUCGCGCAGAAGCAUGAGAAUAUUGUCGGCGUCAAGCUUACGUGCGGGUCUGUGGCUAAGAUUACGCGGCUUGCGGCCGUGUUGAAGCCUGAGAACUUUGCGACUUUUGGAGGGCAGUCGGACUUCCUUGUUGGUGGGCUUGCGGUUGGAUCUGCGGGGUGCAUCGCUGCGUUUGCGAAUGUGUUCCCUAGGGCCCUGGUCAAGAUUUACACCCUCUGGAAGGAGGGAAAAACGGCCGAGGCGCUCGAGUUGCAGCAGAAGCAGGCGUUGGCUGAGCAGCCGUGCAAGGCGGGCAUUGCGGUUACUAAGUAUGCGGCUAGUUAUUUCACCGCUGGUAAGGCGGGCGUGGAGGGUGCGGAGGAAAAGUUAAAGCCGAGGAGGCCGUAUGCGCCGCCUACGCAGGCGGUUAAGGAUAAUGUGGUUAAGAUGCUGGGCGAGGUGGCGGAGGUUGAGGCUACUUUGGUGUAA